CUCCUUCAACCUCAUUUACGCUACAUUCCGUCCCUUUCUCUCUCUCUUCUUCUCCUUCACCACAUUUCCGCUCAAUCACAAAACUCUCUCACCAAUCUUCUCAGCAGGCACGAUGCUGUAAAGAUUCUUCCCUCAUCCACUUCAUCCCAUUCAUUAACAGUGAGACCAACGAGAACGACGCCAAGCCAGCGGCAGAGAGCAACAACAACGACAUCAUGGCCGACGUCGACAUCCAACCGCUCUCGCGCCACGACAGUCUGUUGUCUGUAGAAUCAGAGCCCUCAUCGCCCUUUCCUACCGAGCUGAUCGGUAAACGAGUCCUGCUCGCCACCGAAUCACUCGGCCCCGUCAAUGGCGUGUCACGAACGACGCAGAGUCUGGUCGAUUACCUGCGCAGCAAUGGCGUGCAUGUUGCCACCUGCGCCCCCUACUAUAAAGGCCAGCCCAUCACCGCCGACUCGAAGCCCCAAAGGCAACCCAUCGUCAACAAGGACUGGACGCGAGCCAUCGAAGCCAAAGCAUCCUCGCUAGCUUCGAGAGCAAUCGGUGGCGCCUGGUCUUGGCACGUUGAUCGCGACGAGGAGGCGCGAAAGGAAUCACAGCCACUGCUUCAGACGUCGCGGAAACCGCCCAUGCUCAAUCGUCAGAGGAGUGAAGAUGCUCGACGCCAUAUCGAACGUGCUCGCAGACAACGAACGAAUCCGGAGUUCCGCCUGCAAGGUUACCCUCUACCCUACAAUCCCGAUCUGACUGUCGCCUACCCAUUCCGCUUGGGCAAAGUCUACGAUCACACCUUCCAGCCGGAUGUCAUCUACUUGGCCAGUCCUGCCUCUGUAGGCUUCCAAUUCUUACUCCAGCUGCGCCAGCUCGACAACCCACCUCCCACCCUACUCAAUUUUCAAACCGAUCUGGCUGCAUACGCCGGCAUUCUGUUCCCAUCGCCGCUCGAUCGAUAUGGCGCCUGGCUGCUGCACAUUGCGCAGGGCUUUUUGUUCCGCGCCGCCGUGGUGCACACCAUCUUUUACCCCUCCGCCUAUGUGCGCAAGUACAUGGAAGGCACAGGCGCGCCUUCCGAAAAGAUGAUACAGCUCGGCCGUGGCGUCGACACGCAGCUCUUCAACCCCGCGAGGCGCGAUGAUGCCUAUCGACGUUCCAUUGCACCGGACGGAGAGAUCAUCUUUUGCUGCAUCUCUCGCAUCGCGCCGGAAAAAGGCUUCGACUUCUUGGCACAAGCCGCUAUAAAGCUGAGAGAGACGGGGCUCCAAUUCAAGCUGCUCAUUGUGGGUGGCAACAAGAAUCCUGCCGUGAUGAAAGAAGUACAAAGCUACUUCAAGACCAUUCAGGAUCACGUCGUCUUCACCGGCAUGCUGCGCGGCGUGGAGCUCGCCAAAGCAUAUGCUGCCGCCGACGUCUUUCUGCAUUGCUCCAUCACAGAGACCUUUGGCUUGGUGGUGCUGGAGUCCAUGGCUUCCGGCGUCCCUGUCAUCGCACGUGAUGAAGGGGGUCCGAGCGAGACGGUCAAACAUGGCCGAUCCGGCUACCUCGUGCCCCCUCAUGAUCUCGACACGUUUGUGAGAUAUGCGGAGGAGCUGGGCACGAACCACACGCUUCGGGCGGAGAUGAUCGACCACGCCCGCGAACAAGCCCUCAACACCACCUGGGACAAAAUCAACAAUCAGGUCGCUCGACGAUUAGUAGAUGCUGUGCGGACACACGGCUCCCGCGAAUCUACGCCAGUGCACGGCUACUAUGGUACGUGGGCCGCGACGUGUCGCGUAUAUCUUGCCGUCGGCAUCGUCUGGAUCUUUUGGUUCAUCGCCGUAGUUCCGAUGUUGAUGUGCGGCUUUGUGCAUGGUUUCUUUACAUGAUGUUUGCCCCAUUGAUCGGGCCCAGUGACACGGUCCUUUGCAUGCGAAGCACCCAACGGCGUUCAUUGGUGGUGCGUACUUGACACAUCAGGGUGGCGUAAUGCUUCGACUUGAAUGAAUAUGACGAGAAACUGGUGGCAUGUGUGAUGAUGAUGAUCUUCAGCGAUAUACCCAACAGCAUUUGCGUCAGAAUUGUGGCUACCUAUAUAAACAUGGCGUUAAUGGAAUUCCC